UCUUUCAUGGAUAAAAUAACGAAAGAGCUUAUGAAAAAAAUUGAAGAUAACGAACCACUUGAAACAUCGAUACCGUCUAAAAGGAAGUACAAAAGAACAAUGACGCCGACCACAGUAGUUCCUCCGCCAGAUCAGGAAGAGUACAUUGAAUAUCUUAGGAGAGUACGGAACGAAUCCGCAACGCCUCCCCCUCGAUCACCUAACCCAUCCACUCCUACACCACAGCCGCCACAAGAAAUAGUGGGUACCUCAGAACAAUUGGCACCCAUCAUCGACAUUGAGGUGCCGAUAUUUCCGCACACAGUGGAUUUUGAAAUGUUUUUCUGUGGCGUCAAGAAUACUUACCAGACACUCCUUGAUGGGAAAUCUGUCUUCAAGGGAGUGAAAACGAACCCCCUGAAGGUGUCGUAUUCAGAUAAACUCAUCUGGAGCGAUAUGACGAAUGCCCUAGCGACGGUGGGCUCGACGAACACCACAGUGUUACCUCAUGUGGUGGACAAAUACAUCGCUGACAGAAAAGGAAGAUCAAUAACUCGUCUCCAACUUGACGAGAUUGUUAGGCGGACAGCAGCAAAGGAGAGUGGGCGAAAGCAGAACGCCAAAAGAAUCCUUAAGAGGAAACUCACUAAUAGGAUUAGCGCUGCUAAAGCGAUGGAGGAGCAGCGGGACUGUCUCAACGAGAGACUCAGAAUGUUAUACGACGAGGAGGAAGAGGAGCUGAACAUGGCUGUGGCCAAAUUUAGAAGGACACAGUCUGUUAGAUCAUUUAGUAAUGAAAUAUGAUGCACGUUUAUUUGAAUAAACAUUAUUGUACAUACACAUUUGUAAUGGUAUUUGUAAAAUGUAAAUCUGGUUUGUUAAUGUAUAUACAUAUUACAUAUUUU